AUGGCGUCACUCAAGCCCCUCAAGCUGGCUUUCGUUUGCUUAUCUCUCACAUGGGUUUCCAUAGCAUCUGCAGCGACCCACGUUGUACCUCGCCAGAGUACGCAUAAGUCAUCGAUCUAUGGUGUGAAUCUCGGCGGCUGGCUGGUACUUGAGCCGUGGAUAACGCCCUCUGUUUUCGAAGAAGCAGGGGAUCGGGCAGUGGAUGAGUACACUUUGAGCCAAAUUCUCGCAGGCAAUGCCAGAUCACGACUAUCAAAACAUUGGAACUCAUGGAUCACUGCAGAUGAUUUUAAGCAGAUUGCUGCUGCCGGCUUAACUCAUGUUAGGAUUCCCAUCGGCUACUGGGCGGUAGCUCCGCUGAAGGGAGAGCCCUAUGUCCAAGGUCAAGUCAGUUAUUUAGAUAAGGCGAUUAGAUGGGCCAAACAAUCAAACCUCAAAGUUGCGAUUGACCUUCAUGGUGCUCCCGGCUCCCAAAACGGCUUCGACAACAGCGGUCGUCGCGGUUCCAUCAAUUGGCCUAAAGGCAAUACGGUGGCCCAAACCUUGAAUGCCCUUCGCGCACUUGCAGAGCGUUACGCCGACCAAACCGACGUCGUAGACUCUAUUGAGAUUCUCAAUGAGCCCUUCGUGCCGGGUGGUGUGCCGCUCGACGAGGUCAAGCAAUUCUAUCACGAAGGCUAUAAGGCCGUGCGGGAUAUAAACCCCAAUGUCGGCGUUGCAAUAUCCGACGCAUUCCAAGAUCUCCGUUCGUGGAACGGUUUCAUGCUCCCGUCCAAAAACUUUCAUAAUGUCUUCCUCGAUGCCCACCACUACCAAGUCUUCGAUAAUGCGUUCACAAGCUUUAGCGUAGAUCAGCAUGUCAACCUCGCGUGUUCGUAUGGGCGUGAGCAGGUUGCGAAAACGGAUAAAAAGACUUUUGUUGGAGAGUGGAGUGCUGCCAUGACAGAUUGCGCCAAGUAUCUCAAUGGUAGGGACAAGGGUGCGCGGUUUGAUAAAUCAUUUCCUAACGGCAAACGCUCGGGUGCCUGUGGUGGAAGGUACUUUGGCUCGGUGAAGCAGCUACCUGAUCAGCAGAAAGUGGGAAUCCGGCGGUUUAUUGAGGCUCAGCUGGAUGCUUAUGGGUUGGGUGCAGGGUGGUUCUUCUGGACGUGGAAGACGGAAGGAUCGCCUGGGUGGGAUAUGCAGGACCUUUUAUCGGCGGGCUUGUUCCCGCAGCCGUUUACGAAUAGAAAGUAUGGUGGUUGCAAGUGA